UAUAUAUAUAUAUAUAUAUACAUCUGUGUCUGUAUCCCCACCAUUCCCCGUCUUCUAUUGUUGAUCUGUUCGGUGCAUUAAAACAAAAAGAAAAAGAGGCGUCAGAAAAGAAGAUUAUAAUUACAACAAUAACAACGAAUAAUGCCUUAACAAAAAAAAAAGAGAAAAAGAGAGAAUCGUUCGGUUUAUUUCUUGUUUUUUUUUUUACAAAAAGAAAACAACAAUUACUACUACUACUACUGCUAUCCUUACUACUACUACUACUACUACUACAAUAAUGAAACCUCACUGUUGCUACUGUUAUUAAUUAACUACAAUAACUAACCUGACCAUGGUAAAAUGGUAUCAUUCUGGACAUAAAAUAAAGAUUGCCAGCUCUGUAUUUUUGGAAUGAGUAACAGGAAAAGAUCACGAAAUUUGAUUCUGCAAAUAAAACUACUUUCCAUAUAAAAGUAAAAGUUGGCAUGUUAGCUCACCUGACCACAAGGGAACGUUAAUCUACCACACUGUACUAAACUGGGUUUCCUCUAUGGGUUUCCUCUGUCCAUCUGUUCAGAUCUUUACGGAUAGUUUCCAGUGCACCUAUAACUACUGGGAAGCAGCGAGAUAGCAGAAUCAUUAGCAAGCCAGAUGCAUUUUAUCCCAACAACAAUCUAAAGUAUUUAAAGGAAGAAGUAAACUGAUUGGGUACCCCCCUGCAACUUGCACAUACCAGCUUUCUAACCUCAGUCCUUAACUGUGGUGAUAUAUAAGACAAACAUCAAGAUGCUGUCUUUAAAUUUACAAUAUCCAAGCUGGUCAUAUAUUACUUUAUAAAUAGUGGACCAAGAUUUGUUUAUGAGAACCAUGGAGCAUUCUAGGACUAAAAUCAUUUUUCCUGGUCUUCUGACAGGGUACUUCAUGUUCAGUGUUGGAUAUGUCUACCUCUGUCAAGGAACAUUUGUGAAUAAUGGUAAUGUAACCAGCCAGAAUAAAUCAUUGGUAAACCACAGUAUGUUCGACGACCAAAGUACUGCAUCUUUUGAUUCUGAAAUAAUAAUUAGUAGUACUCACUUACCUGGCGCUGCAGUACUGCAAUCAACAGGUAGAAUGAAAAAGCCUCCCCUAACUUCCACUACUGCUGCUAUUAAUAAGGGCCAAAACGUAGGCAAUUCAGAAUCCAUAACUACAGCAUCUGUAUCUUCACUAUCAUCGGCCAAUCCAGCAAUAAUUCGUUCCCCUAUUUUGGAAAAUGUUAAUGAAGCACAAUUAAAAAGUUUGUCUAGUAAAGAUCAGUUUAACCUAAAAAAGGCCCCAGUUUAUAAGAUUCCUGAAUUACCCCAUAGUCACUGGAUUUCUGGCCCAGCAAAUCACACAGUUAUACAUCGAGUUAAAAAAGAUACAUGGCCACAGUCACUGAAAACCUGCACCCCACCUGGAACACCAAUAUUGGCUAUUCACCAGUCAGUACCAGAAGACACACCCAAAGACAGCACCUUGCCUGAAUGGAGUGAGCAAUUAAAAUCAUUGUGUGCUGAUAAUGAAGAAAGGAUUUAUUUAAUCCUAGAACAGGCUCCUGCAAACCCUUAUUUUGGUAUUGACAAAGUUACGGGUGCAUUGAAGGUUAUUCGCAGUCUCGACGAGAUUGAUAGUCCUGAAGACCAUGUACUUGUUAUAAAUGUGAGGUGUGGGAAUAGCAUUACUAUUGUGCUGACCUUGAGUAUCAAAAGAAUCAAUCGUUACGCACCUGUAUUCACCCAAGACAACUAUCUGUUUAUUACGCGACGUAAUGUUACCGUCGGGAGCUUUGUUGGACAAGUCAGUGCUUUCGAUCAAGAUGUUGGCCCCAACGGUCAUAUACACAUGUACAGGAUUUAUGGUGGCAAUGAUGACAAAAAAUUUUCCAUCAAUGAACAGGGCAUGAUUACAACUGCUUCCACAUCAACUGUAUUUCCAGCAGACAGAAUUUACACUCUCAAUAUUGAGGUGAAAGAUAGUGGUCACAAACCAAAGAAAGGAACGUCCAAAGUGACUGUAAUGGUCAGUAAUAUGAUGUGUGAAACGCCACUGUUUAACCAGGAGUUCUAUUUUUUCUACCUCUCCCAUAGUCCAGUUCCAGCUGACCACCCUCUUGGUUAUAUUGGCUAUGAGAAAAAUGGAUUUGAUUCGAUAUCUGUCGAUAUGGAGAAAUCUUCUGUGAAGGAGUUCUUUGUUUUUGAUGAACCGUUUGGCAAGAAAGUAUUGUUAAAGAGCAAGAGGGAGAUUUCGUUCAAUGAAGUCCUUACGUCUCUGUCAGCGUUUCUAGUCACCCAUAACCUGUUGCGUUUCUCCAUCUUGAUUUGCUCUUCGACUUCGGUACAUUGCGCACGUAGCAGCAUCUUUUUAUCUUUGGAGCAGGUCAACAAGUUUGGGGACCAGACAAAAACAGUUAAUAUUUCCGAGAAUAAUUCCCCAAAUGCUGUAGUUAUUAAUACAGGUCAUUUCAUGGGGAAACCAAAUAGCAUAUAUAGAUUCGUUGAAAAAUACCCAGAUUUCAACAUUCACCCAAUAACAGGUGUCAUAACUACAAACAGAAGUUUUGAUCGGGAAGCUGGGGAUCGCCGUUUUAUUAUCAGAGUAGAAGCCAUUAGUGAUGCUGAAGAUUCGUGCCGCAAUAUUGAGGAUAGAAUGAUGGUUAUUGUGAAUAUUCUUGAUGAAAAUGACAACAAUCCAGACUUCAACUUUGUCAGUGGGAAAACACUGAAUGGAACAGUACCCGAAAAUUCCUUAUCGGGCACUGAAGUCAUUCUGGACACUCCUGCACAUCAACUGGAAGUCCAAGAUAUUGAUGCUGGAGAAAAUGGUACUGUAACUCUAAGUCUCAAUGGAGCAACUCAGUUUCGUCUUCGCAAAGUCGAAAACUCUAGCUAUGUUGUUUAUGUCAAAGCCAAUUGGUCCCUUGACCGUGAAUGGCGCAGCAAUUACAAUGUGAGCAUCACUGCUCGUGACGGUGGUGACCCACCAAGGUCAUCUGUCAUUUAUUUAUUCAUUAAAGUUUUGGAUGUUAAUGAUCACAGUCCACAAUUUCAGUAUACUUCAUAUAAUAUGACAGCCACUGAAAACUCCCCCCUCGGUAAAGUUAUUGGCUAUGUUCAUGCUGAUGAUGAAGACUCCGAAGUCAAUGGUGAAAUUGAAUAUUCUAUUGUGAGUGGAUCAAUGGAGAUGUUUGAAAUCGGUGAGAAAAAUGGCAGUAUAUAUAUCAGCCAACCUAAACUGGAUCGAGAGAAGAAAGACAUUUAUCACAUCACUGUGCGUGCACAAGAUAAAGGUUUUCCUCGAAAGCAGGCACAUACAGUUGUGAACGUAUAUGUUGAAGAUGUUAAUGAUAAUGCACCAGAGUUUUCGCAACAGGCCUACACAGUUACUGUUCCUGAAAACACACCAGUUGGAGACAUUAUUUUCCAGGUGGAUGCACGUGACAGAGAUUUAGGAGCUGGCGGUCAGGUCUCUUUCUUUUUGGAGCCUCGUUCCAAAUUUUUCUACAUAGACAAGAACAAUGGUAGUAUCUACUUGAACAAAUCUCUUGACUAUGAAACAACAAGGAGACAUUUUACUUUCAACAUUCUUUCUCAUGAUCAUGGCACCCCAAGCAUCAGUUCAAUUGCUCCAAUUGAAAUAAAAGUUACUGAUGUAAAUGAUGAAGUUCCAGAAUUUUCUCAGCCGUUGUAUGUUAGCCAGAUCACUAAAACUUCGCCAAUAGGUAAAGCCAUUACAGUCGUCCAAGCAAAAGAUACAGAUUCAGAGAUCAUUUAUUACUUGACACCGUCAUCUUCUGAGUUCACCAUUGACAAAUCAGGUGUCAUUGUCCAAACUGAGAACAUUGAUAAAACAAUAUUCUCACCAGGUAUGCUGUAUAAGGAAUUUAAUGUUGUCGCUACAGACUCAAUCCACACCGCCAAUACAUCUGUUCAGAUUUUUGCCACAGAAGAUGAACCAAUUGAGUUUAGACACCCAGUCUACAGACUUAAAAUUCCAGAAGAUAUUAGGCCAGGUGGCAGAGUUUUCCGAUUGAAAAUGUCACGUAAUCGUAACUCUGGCAUCUUGUCUUCCGACCCAAGUUUGGCCAAUUUGACUUAUCAUAUGAUGUUUCCUCUCGACUGGUUUACCGUCAAUUCAACAACAGGUAUCAUAACCACAACAUCUGAAUUAGAUCGAGAAGUACUGACCAGUUCUUACCAACAAUUUGCUGUCGAAGCAGUAGAUUCAACAGGUCAAACAGUUGCCACAACUGCUAUUGUUGUGAACAUCACUGAUGCCAAUGAUAAUGCACCCAGAUGCACUUUCCCGCUGUAUAAAUUUACGCAUGUAGAAGAUUCCUUUUUGGGUUCCAUUGUUGGAAGAAUUCAUGCCACAGAUGAAGACAGUGGGAAAAAUGCCAGAUUGAAAUUUAGCAUCAUCGGAGGCAAUGUCGGAAACACGUUUAAGAUUACAAACAAUGGUGACCUAAUGUUGAAUGAAAUUCUUGACCGAGAAACAGUGAAUAUCUACAAUUUGACCAUUUUGGUCCAAGAUGGUGGUGACCCUCAGCUUAAUGGGACAUGUUCAGCCAUUGUAUCAGUGGAAGAUGUCAAUGAUAAUGACCCAGUCUUUGAACAGCCCCAAUAUAAUGCUGCAGUCCGGGAAGAAGCACCACCAUAUCAAUCUGUCCUACGCGUACGGUGCUUGGAUAAAGAUGAACGAAGUAACAUUCGCUACCAACUCUUAACUAUCGACUCUCUUUUUGCCUUGAAUGCUGAAACUGGUGUUCUUGAAACAAUAGUCCGUCUUGAUCAUGAAACACAUCCUGGCAGUUACCAACUAUAUGCCGAAUGUACAGACGGUGGGGAUUUCCCCCGCUAUUCCUCUCCUGUUAUUUUGAAUGUUACAGUAGAAGACAUGAACGAUAACCGGCCAACAUUUAUCAAUGAAACUUACCACGCCCAGUUAUAUACCAAUGCUACGAUUGGAAGACACAUUGCUUCGCUAUCAGCAACUGACAAAGAUAAAGGACAAAAUGGAGAAAUAUCUUAUUAUAUAAUAGGUGGUGACCCAUUUGAAGAAUUUGAAUUGAAUCCUAAAUCCGGACUGUUAACAACAAAAGUAUCAUUCCAAGACCGUCUGUCUGGUUCUCGUAUGUUGUUUGUGGAAGCCAAAGAUGGCGGUUAUCCCGAUGCUUUAAGUGAUGUUGCCAAAGUACAUAUUGAAGUUAUUCAGCUCAACCAGCAUGCACCCAAGUUUACCUUGUCUGUAUUUCGGGCUAAUGUUACUGAGGAAAAGGUUAUACGUAAGUUCCUGCAACUUAGAGCAAGUGAUGAAGACCCAGACGAUAAAAUAGCGUAUCAUCUUCUCAGCUCCUCAAAUGCAGAAAGUACAGUGAAUUGGACAGAUUAUUUCAGCAUUUCAUCUUCUGGUUGGAUCAGUGUGAAGAAUAAAAUAGACAGAGACACUUUGAAUAUUUCUCAAGCAUCGCUGAAUGUUUAUGCUGUGGAUAACGGACUUCCACCCAAAACCGGCUCUACACUGCUUCUUGUAAAUAUUAGUGAUAUUAAUGACAAUAUUCCAGAUUUUGUAGGAUAUAACAUGACAUACGUCAUUGAAAUACCUCAAAAUACACAAGGAAACAAAAAAUGGUGGCUUCCAGAAGCCUUAGAUCCUGAUGAAGGUCAGAAUGCUAAGGUGAAAUACAGUGUACAGUUUGUACCCAACGAAGAUCCAGAAAUGACAGCAUUGUUUGAUGAAGUAUUCUCUGUCAGCAAAGACUUACGCAAACUUAUCAUCAAAAAACCUUUACCGACAAGCAGUUGGAGACCAGAAAAUUUCAGUGUUGCACUUCUUUCCUACAGAGCUCGAAAUGUUGCUCCCCUUGAGAAAGCAACAAAACAGUCAGGAAGAGAUGAAAUUUAUAUACGUGUAAAAAUGAUCUCCAAUAAUACCAAUUUCUACCAACCACACUUCAUCGGUGUUACUGAUCCCUUGAUCCUGUCAAUAUCAGAAAACACUUCAAUUGGAGCAAACCUGUUCCAGUUUACUGCAAUAGAUGGAGAUAAAGGUUCAAGUGAAAACAUUACCUAUUCCAUGCAAACAAACAGUGCGAAGACUAAAUGGUUAUUUGAACUCAAUAAGCAAACAGGAUCUCUUCAACUUCAAAAUGCAAUCCAAGAGAAUGAUAUUGGAAACUACACCCUAUGGGUCAUUGCCAGCGACAAUGAUGUUAUUCCAAAAACAAAAUCACUAUUUGUAUGGAUAGAAAUUAUAGAACUGAGAGAAGUGACUGUGACAUUAGCUCCACCAACACUUGAUAGUUAUGGUUGGUCAUCAAUUACCAUACCAUUUCCCAUUCUUACUGGUGCUGCUGCUGGAGUUCUGCUCGUUGUCUUUUCAUUGCUGGGACUUCUUAUAUGUCAGUGUAAAAGACGUACACAACGAAGACCUCGACAGAUGCCUCCAGAAGAGGACCAAUACCAUGAAGCUAUUCAUGAUAAACAUUCCCUACCUCAAAAAACAGAAUUUUGGUCACUGCCUGGAAUUGAACUUGGAAUCUUGGGGUUAGUAGCCUGCACCCUUAACCACUACACCAUAUGCCCCGCUCGCCGCCCUGAUCUUGUCCGUGCAACGCGACAUGAUGGCCAUGAAAGCCAGCAGUUACUUUCACCCAGCAUGAGAGCUGGUGCCAAAGACAAUGCUUAUACUCACCUCCGCAAAUCGACUGGCCCAAUGGGUGGAGUCAGUCUGCCUGGACUUGGUCCCGAACGUCACUUCAUGGACUCCGCAUCACCCUCUUCCAACACUCCGUCACGAAACACACUGGAAACUGACUAUGCCAUUCCUGCUAUUCCAGAUCCUGAUUAUGAAGAUUUCCCACCACCGCCACCCCACCUUGAAGACCCCUACAUGAUGGUUUCGACUCCAAAAUUAGCUUCUUUUAGGUCCAAAGUAUGAUAACCUGUACAUAGAAGCAUCUCGUAAGAUAUUUCAGCUGGAACACUUUCAUAUCAAACAAUGUUAAGAAAACCAAAGAGUUCCUCUCCUAUAGCUCUACAUAUGGAUAAAAACUAUCUGUAACACACACACACACACACACACCCUUGAAAGUGUUGCAUAUAUAUGUCUCUUGGAAUGUGUGUCUCUUUCUUCUCAACCCUAUCUCUUCUCUAUCACAUACACACACACACACAUACACAUGUAUAUGUGUAUGUGCAUACUUUCUCAUACAUGCUUUCAAGCAUCUACAUAUGUAUGCCAACAUACACAUACAUAUGUAUGCAUGUGUGUAUUUGCAUGUGUGUGCAUGUAUAUAUAUAUA